UCACCUCAUCCUACUACUUCAAGAAACUAACUAUACAAAUAAUUUUUCAUAAUUUGUCAAAAUAUUUUCUUGCAUGCAAACAGGACAUCACACCUCUCGACCACAAUACUACAGGAACUUCUAAAAGCCCAAAAGCAGAACACUUCAAAGCAGCGUAGGGCAUCUUAACAUAAAGCACACAAGAACAGCUUCUUAAGAUAUUAACUCCAACGGGAUGUUCAAAAAAACAUUUGGCGAUAGAAACUUUUCUGGGACACCAGCAAUUGACACAGAAGAUGGUGAGGAGAUGAAUAUCUAUGCCAACGCGGACGAAAUAAACAGUCACGAUGUCUGUAGAGCAACCGAAGACACCAGGAGAAACCAAACUUUUCAACACACAGGAAGUGAGUGUGUGAGGAACAGAAGACUCAGAUCAGUUCUAGUGUGUUUGGUGGUGCUGUGUGUUCUUCUACUGACUGCAGUCAUAGUGCUGUGUGUCCUGAUCUACACAAACAAUCACCAGUUUCACAUCAACUACAAAAACAUCACACAAGACAGAGACCAACUACUAACCAAAUAUACCAAACUCACAGAAGAGAGAAACGAGCUACUAACCAACAACAUCAAACUCACAGAAGAGAAAGACCAACUAUUAAACAAAUAUACCAUUAUAGAUGGAUGUAUUUACUAUCAAUCUGGUUUGUACUUCAUUUCAUCUGAGAAGAAGAGCUGGACUGAGAGCAGAAGAUACUGUAGAGAGAGAGGAGCAGAUCUGAUCAUCAUUAACAACAAAGAAGAACAAGACCUUAUUCUAAAGGUUACUGAUGGUAAAGUAGCCUGGAUUGGUUUGUCUGACAGUGAUGAGGAGGGCAGAUGGAAAUGGGUUGAUGGCAGCACACUGACCUCUGGAUUCUGGGCGUCUAAUGAACCCAAUGGCCAAACAAAAGAGAACUGUGUUGAGUCUCAUCCAUCAGGGUGGAAUGAUAAUUCUUGUAAUAAGGCUCUAAAAUGUAUUUUUUGGGUGCGGGUCGGGAAAUAUAACGCCGGGCGGGACGUAGAUCCAGUAGCCAAGAAUAUUUUGACUCACCUCAGCUGA